AUGUAUGAAUUAAGAAUGAUCAUUUGGUAUUACAGAGAAACUAGAAAUCCAGCGAUAGACUUGUUCAAAAUCUUUUUUAAGCCAAUACAACGCUCAAUUAAAUUAUUAUUUUUUAAAAUCACAUAUUCACAACUAUACAGUGUCAAUAAUCAAAGCGCUUUGAAAAUUUAA